UUUAUAGUUCAGCGCAACACAAUUGCUCAACUCCCGGCGAACAUCUACACUUCCAGCGUUCAAAGCGGGUAUCAUUUGGCUUCACCCGAGGCGGGGAAAUGGCCUCAAGUCUCUUCCCUCUGCUCACUUUGUAUUUGGCCUUCUCCGUCUCUUAUUUACGGAUCAUUGAGGCAGAAGCAGAAACAUUUUCUAGUUUCAAGCUCAAUUCUCAUAUUCUUCAGGAGUCAAUCACUAAGCAGAUUAAUGAAAAUCCAAGGGCAGGAUGGGAGGCUGCCAUGAAUCCUCGCUUCUCCAAUUAUACUGUUGGACAAUUUAAGCACCUUCUUGGAGUCAAACCAUCACCUAAAAAUGAUCUGAGUAGUACUCCUGUUGUUACCCAUUCAAAAUCCUUAAAAUUGCCGAAUGAGUUUGACGCAAGAACAGCUUGGUCUCAGUGUAGCACUGUUGUGAGAAUUCUAGAUCAGGGUCACUGUGGUUCUUGUUGGGCAUUUGGUGCCGUUGAAUCAUUGUCAGAUCGUUUUUGCAUUCACUUUGGCAUGAACAUAUCUCUCUCUAUUAAUGAUCUUCUUGCUUGCUGUGGAUUUUUGUGUGGGUCUGGCUGUAAUGGGGGGUAUCCUCUCUUUGCAUGGCGAUACUUAGUCCAUCAUGGUGUUGUCACUGAAGAGUGUGACCCAUACUUUGACGAUAUUGGUUGUUCUCAUCCUGGUUGCGAGCCUGCAUAUCCUACUCCCAAGUGUGUCAGGAAGUGUGUGAAUCGGAACCAGCUUUGGAGAAAGUCGAAGCAUUAUAGUGUCAAUGCAUACAGGAUCAAUUCAGAUCCCUAUGAUAUUAUGGCAGAAGUCUAUAAGAAUGGGCCGGUUGAGGUUUCGUUCACUGUUUAUGAGGAUUUUGCUCACUACAAAUCAGGAGUUUACAAACACAUCACUGGGGACGCACUAGGAGGUCAUGCUGUAAAGCUAAUUGGGUGGGGAACAACCGAUGAUGGAGAGGACUACUGGCUCCUCGCAAAUCAGUGGAAUAGAAGUUGGGGAGAUGACGGCUACUUUAAGAUGAGAAGAGGGACAAAUGAAUGUGGCAUUGAAAAAGAUGUUGUUGCUGGCAUGCCUUCCACGAAAAACCUCGUCAGGGAGGUUGCUGACGGCGAUGCUUCGUUCUCAAUGUAAAUAUACAACCAAACUGGAUUCCGUCGUGUAUUAAACGCCCUGCCCUGAAUGUUGUGCCAUUAUUGUAAGAAUUUGAACGAUAUUUACCAAAAUUUAAAUUAUGAUAUUGAAAGGCCCUUGAGGGUGCUGACUGCUA